AUGGUUAUUGGUCAACAUCAAGCAGGUGUAGGCAUCUGGAAAAUAGCUAAAUCACUAAAGGUAGAGCCGUUUACAAUAUCUAGAAUUAUUAAAAAAUUUAAGGAUACUGGAACUGUCGCGGACAGAAAACGAUCCGGGCGACCUAGAAAGACGACUGAAGCUGAAGAUAGACAAAUAGUAAUCAUCAGUAAACACAACAGACGUUUUCCAGAAAUUGCUACUGAAAUCAAUCGUGGCCGAAAGGAUCCAGUGUGUGUUUUAACUGUAAAAAGCAGACUUAACAAAGCCGAUUUAUACAGAAGAAUAGCUGUGAAAAAAUCUUUGCUUCGGUCAAAAUAA